AUGCAUCUGGGACUGGACGAGAGCAGGGAAUGUCAGUACAAUCAGAUCUGCACUCAUCAUAACUCGUCGUCCAUGGAAAUCCCGCACGCCAAGAAAAGGAGAGUGAAGAGAAAGUGGCAGGUCUUCCCAGGCCGGAACAAGUUCUACUGCGAUGGGCGGAUCAUGAUGGCAAAGCAGUCCGGCGUCUUCUACCUCACCAUGGUGCUGAUCCUGGUGACCAGCGGGCUGUUCUUCACGUUUGACUGUCCGUUCCUGGCCUCUAACUUGAGCCCGGCGAUUCCAGCCAUCGGUGGAAUACUCUUCCUCUUCGUUAUGGUCAUGCUGCUCCGUGCGAGCUUCAGCGAUCCGGGUGUUCUACCCCGAGCUACUCCUGACGAGGCAGCAGAUGUAGAAAGACAAAUAGACGCAGCUAACGGAGUGAGUGGUGCGAGCUCACGGCCUCCUCCCAGGACCAGAGAGGUGCUAAUCAACGGCCAGACGGUCAAACUGAAAUACUGCUUCACCUGCAAAAUCUUCAGACCACCAAGAGCUUCACACUGCAGCCUGUGUGACAAUUGUGUGGAUCGCUUUGACCACCACUGCCCCUGGGUAGGCAACUGCGUGGGAAAGCGAAAUUACCGCUUCUUCUACCUAUUCAUCCUCUCACUCUCUUUCCUCACCAUCUUCAUAUUCGCCUUCGUCAUCACCCACGUCAUUCUGAGAUCCAACCGGGCCGGGUUUCUCAGCACCCUCAAAGACAGCCCAGCCAGUGUUCUGGAGGUGGUUGUGUGUUUUUUCUCCAUCUGGUCUAUCGUGGGUUUGUCGGGUUUCCACACCUACCUAAUCAGCUCCAACCUGACCACCAAUGAAGAUAUUAAAGGUUCAUGGUCAUCCAAACGAAGCAAAGACAACUUCAACCCUUACACCUACGGCAGUAUCCUCACCAACUGCUGCGCAGCUCUGUGCAGCCCGUUACCUCCCAGUUUGAUUGACAGGCGAGGUCUUGUAGAACCAGACGCCCCUCAGCCAGCAGCGCAGUCAAAUGGGACCAACGCUUGUCCUACAACACAGCUCCAGACUCACAUGUGUCACCAAGAUCAGUGCAUCCAGAGCACUAAAUUCGUUUUGCAGGCCGCCACCACGCCUCUUCUUCAUGCCCAGCCGGUGCUGCUGAGCGGAGGUGCUGUCCUCCAGGUCAAACCAUCAGUGGUGAUGCCGUGUUCGCUUCACCCCUCGCUUCCCUCCUCCACCACCAGUCUGGGCUGCGGGGGUGAGCUUUUGGCUUUACACGACCCCGAAAGCCUCUGCCACCACCACCAGCUAAGUCACGAGGCCUUCGCCAGCCCAGAGGAGAUGACCUCCCCGGCCAUGGUGCUGCCCUGCACGGCCCACCUGGCGCAGCUGUAUGAACAGGCCAGCCAGGACUCGCUGCACGAGGAUUCGGUGCGCGGCCUGGUGAAGCUCAGCUCCGUGUAACAACUUUAAACAGCACUGAGCCAAAAGCCAUAGUUGAAUCUUUAUAGGACGAUGAAACACUCACCUUUUCAGCAACUGCAGGAAAUAACAGCCUCAAAAAUAAGGGCCGAAAGCGGUCUUCCAGCCCUUUCAGUGUAGUCCUACAGGAGAUCUGAUCUAUCGGUGUUCGCGCACUACACCUCAAAAUAAAAUCUGUAGUAAAGGACCACACUUUAUCAACAAACUCCAAACAAGUGAAAAUAUCUUGGAUAAAGGUGAACAUUCAGAAAUGUUUCUCAUUAUAGCGCCGCAAUAACACAAAACAUCCAUUUACUUACCCUGUAAGAGAUAAUUGUGCAAAUUUCAAGCUCCACAUGUCUUUUUUUUUCCUUUUAACCAAUUUAUAUGUGGAAUGAAGCAACAUGUGUGGAAUAAAAACUAGGAAUGUGAUGCAAAAUAUGCUGACUGGGCAUAACAUUAUGAAAUUAUAAAAUUAUGACUGGGGAAGUGAAUAACACUGUCUCUUUAUCUCAUUAUCUCUUCAUCUUAGUACCUCUAAGUGGGUGGGAUAUACAUAAUUUUUUAUAUUAUUUUAUUUUUUGUUUUUGUAUUUUUGUGAGUUUGACGAGGGCCAAAUUGUGACGUCUAGACAACUGGGUCAGAGCAUCUCCAAAACCGCAGCUCUUGUGAGAUGUUCCCAGUCUGGAGUGGUCAGUAUCUAUCACAAGUGCUCCAAGGAAGGAACAGUGUUAAACCGGCGACAGGGUCGUGGGCGGCCAAAUCUCAUUGAUGCACUUGGGGGAGCGAAGGCUGGUCCGUGAGGUCCGAUCCAACAGACGAGCUCCUGUAGGUCAAAUAGCUGAAGAAGUUCAUGCUUGAAGGAUCAGGAUCGUUUUGGCAGCAGAAGGGGGACCAACGCAAUAUUAGGCAGGUGGUCAUAAUGUUAUGCCUGAUUGGUACCAUCUGUGUUAAUGCUGUCUUUAUAAAGCAUAAUCAUUUCUAUGGUAAUGAACACUCCACUAUGUGGACAAAGUACUAGUACUAGAGUACUACUAAGUCUAAUACUUGGAAAGAACAGAUUCAAAAUGCUUUUAACAAAGAAAAAUGUAUAUAUUAGGGGAAGAAACCUCAGGAGAGUCUUUAGGACAGAGGAGUUUGUGCUUUUCAGUUGCCUGGAAUGUGACAUGCUGUGAUUUUUUUUCUUAUAAUGUUCAAGAGAGAGUGCGAAAAAGAAACCGGUUACGGAACGGCACUUACAGCUGCUAUAGCGUAAGCUGAAACAGGAACUAAUUUGUUUCGCAAUGUUAAGUAUAACAUUAAAUGUUGUUCAAUAUUAAGUAAAAUAAAUCAUAAUGUUGUGGAAUAGGAGGAAUAAAACACUUGGUAACAGUGAUUGCAUCACACCACCCCAUUUGUUGAUUAUUUCCCUCUACAAGGGAAAUAAUACAUUAACCUUUAUUCAGGAUAUUUUCACAUGUUCAGACAUCGUAGACAAACCUGACCAUAGUUACUAGCAAGGAUGGUAUUUGUCUCAGAAAACCAAGAUGUUCAACUAUAGCACUUAUGUUCAGGAGCUCUGGAAGAAAAAUGCCAUCACUUUCCUUUACAUGCAGUACAUAAUUCAGAUGUUGGAUGUUUUUUAUAUAGCUGAACACUAAAGACCGUCGGUGUAAACGCAAUCUCACUGCCUUCUUACAUCUCUCUGGGCUUCUGUCGACAAUUUUGUUCUGGCAAUAUGGCAGUAUGACCUUGGGCUUAUUCACAUGGGUGAUUAUAUUGCAUCAGAUCUUUUUUGAUAUGUCUGAAUCACACAUUAUGGUGAUGUGAUUUAUGUGCCAAAUACGAGUUCAAUGAUUUCCCAUUGUAGAGGUGAUAAUCUUGUCAAUAAAUUUGCAAGUUUGUAUGGAAUCUACACAGUUUUGUCUGCAAAUGGCUUGAAUUGAUUCUGUAACAGAGGGAAACAGGGAGAGACCAAGACCCUGUUUACACAAGUUGUUUGAUUUAAUUUCCAAGACCUUCAUUUCACAGGUAUAAUUGUCACUUUAUUGUUUUAUGUCUAGCCUAUUUUUUUUUUUAGUAAAUACAGUAAAAAUACACGUGUUCCUAAUAAAGACGCAGUAGUGCCACUGUAAAAGGCUAAAUUGAUUUAGAAGCUAAAGAAUCCUUUUGCGUUUACGCACCAAAAUCUGGAAUACAUUAAUAUUAUACAUUCCAUCUAUUACUCCUAUUACUAGUUCUACCACUGGCUCUAUGACUACUAUUACUACUGUUACUAUUACUAUUACUAAUUCUACUG